AUGGCUGAUAAAGUGUUCAACGUUUCUGUAAUUGGAUAUGGACUGUCCGCGAAGGUCUUCCACAUCCCCUUCGUGGCGGCGACGAAGAACCUGAAGUUGCACUCCAUCCUUCAACGAAAGCCCUCCGAAGGCAACUCGGCGCCCGAGGACCACCCCGAGGUCAAGCAUUAUACCUCGUUCGACACCUUGCUCCAAGAUCCCGAGAUCGACCUCGUCGUCCUGUCCACCCCGCCAAAUACCCACUUCGAGCAGGCCAAGCGAGUCAUCGAGAGCGGAAAGCACGUCCUCGCCGAGAAGCCCUUCGUGCCAACCUCGGCCGAGGCUGAGGAGCUGGUCAAGCUGGCAAAAGAGAAGAACAAGCUGCUUUGCGUCUAUCAGAACAGAAGGUGGGAUGCGGACUUCCUAACCGUCCAGCAUCUCCUCCAGGAAAACAAACUGGGGCGAGUUUACGAGUUCGACACGCACUUCGACCGCUACCGGCUAGACGCCCCCACGUCAUGGAAGAGCACCCUGACCAUGGCCGACGGCAACGGGGCCAUCUACGACCUGGGCACGCACCUGCUCGACCAGGUCUACGUGCUCUUCGGCAAGCCCACCGCGGCCUACGGCAAGUUCACCAACCAGCGCGAGGGCAGGCUCGUGUCCGGGGUCGGCGGCGUCGAGAACGAGCCGGACAGCAUCUACGCGACGCUCAGCUACGCCGAAAAGGGCCUGCUGGUCCACGUGCGCAUCGGGACCGGGCUGGACGCGCAGGAGCCGCAGCUGAAAGCGGGCAUGAAGAUCACCGACGCGGGCUUCGGCGUCGACGGCGCCGCGUACAACGGCACCAUCGAGGUGGUCCAGGACGACGGGUCCAUCCAGGACUUCACCUUCCCCAACGUCGAGCCCCAGACCUACCUGAGGUUCUACGAGCUCCUCGCCAAGGCACUGGCGUCUGGGAAGCAGGACGACCUCCCUGUGCCGGCCCAGGAGGCGGCCGAGGUGCUCAAGAUUGUCGAGGCCAUUCAGGAGAGCGCCCGUACCGGGAAGGAGGUCUCUGUGGCAUGA